GCCUCAGCGAAAGACGUGGCCAUGGUUGCCCACAGCAUGGCUAACAGCACCGCUCCUGUUCUUCUCCCCACCUUACUGCUCCUGCUGCAGAACAAGACCUACCCUGAAACCUCCACCCCUCCUGCUGCCUACGAGGGUACAUGGUCCCCCAUGGCGCCCAGAUCAGGUGGGAACCACACUGCCUUGCUCUACAACCUGAGACCGGGGGAAAUUGCAGCAGCCACCACGGUUUGGGCAGUGCUGUGGCUGGUUUCCAUCUCUGGAAAUUCGAUCCUAUGCCUAGUGAUCCACCGCAGUAGGAAGACACUGGCUGCCACCAACUACUUUGUGGUGUCCAUGGCUUGUGCAGACCUUCUCCUCAGCAUCGCCAGCAUGCCCUUCCUGCUGCUCCACUUGACCUACGGCCGCUGGACCCUGGGGAACUUCAUCUGCAAGCUGGUACGGUACGUGCAGUACCUCACCCCUGCGGUCCAGAUUGACAUGCUCCUCUGGAUAAGCAUCAAUUGCUUCUAUACUGUCAUCUAUCCCCUGAGCCUCAAAGUCUCCAGGGAGAAAGGCAAGAAGAUGAUUCUGGCCUCUUGGCUCCUGGGUGCGGCAUUUGCAGCACCGGCUUUUGUCUUCUACGGCUCCAGCAGCGAUCACCACUGUCCCUUUUUCCCCCCUGAUUCUUUGCAAGGAGCCACCUACGGCAUCACCCACCUUCUGCUGGUCUUUCUCAUCCCAGCCAGCAUCACCAUCUUCUUCUACCAGCGGCUCAUCAUGUAUAUUUGGAGAGUAGGCAUCAAGGAGGGGACUGUCAGAAGGACAAUGAAUAUUGUCCCCAGAAGAAAGGUGAAAACCACCAAGAUGUUCUUGGUGAUCCACAUGGUGUUUCUUCUUUCCUGGCUCCCUUUCUAUGUCCUACAGCUGUGGCACCCGCAGGAAACAGAUGGCAGCAAGAGCUCCUUGCUCUUCCUGGCCAUCACCUGGCUCUCUUUCAGCUGUUCAGCCGCCAAGCCAGUCCUCUACUACAUCUAUAACUCAAACAUCAGGAGGGGGGUGAGGGAACUUUGUUGCAUGUCCGCCAUGAAGUACUAUCGAAGCAACGCCUACACCAUCACCACCAGUUCCAGAAUAGGCAAAAAAAAUCAUGUUGGCAUCGCGGACAUCCCAGCUCCAGCCAAAACUGUCCCCAAUGAUUCCAUCUAUGAUGCUUUUUACAGAGAAGAAAAGAAGAGGAAGAUUGCCUGGGCUGCUGAGUCCAACCCUCCACCUGAUUUUCUCUAG